GCGCGCUGAUGGAUGUGAGAAGUGAAGUAGCCUAGAUUUGAUAACAUCAUGGAAUUAUUUUUCUAAGAACACCUGUAGAGAGAUUGUGCACUGGGGAAAUAUUCUAAGAAGGACAAUACCCAUAUAAAUGCAACGUUUUAUUUGGGAAAAAAUAACAACAAAUGGUUCUCUUUACCUUCAUGGAUGUCGAGGACAUUAGUGAAAACGUUCACCAACACUGAUGGCAGUGUUCUGCAAUUUGCAUGUAUGUUUUUGGACUUUUCAUAAUACCAAGACCGUACGCUCUUCUUCUUCUUCGAGUGUCUUCUGAAAUGCGCUAGAGGAGCUGAAAGGAAGGGGGAGAAGGACAACACAAUGAGGGGGAAAUACUUUCUGCUCGGUUACUUGUUGGUCAAAGUUAUGGCGCUGGUCUGCAAGGCGGAUGGAGAACCAGGACGACUGGAUGGCUUUGUCAUGAUGACGACGUCCAACGGAUCUAGGGAGGACGAGGGCGCAGGCUUCUCAGAGCCCCCACACACAGAGGACCGGUGCCGGGGGUACUAUGAUGUGAUGGGCCAGUGGGACCCGCCGUUCGUUUGCAAAACGGGCGAUUAUCUGUAUUGCUGCGGCACCUGUGGCUUUCGGUUCUGCUGCUCCUACAAGACCUCGCGGCUGGAUCAGAGCACCUGUAAAAACUACGACACUCCGGUGUGGAUGAUGACAGGUCAAACCCCGUUUAAGAAAAACGACCUCCGGCACGACCCCACCAAAGAUAAAACUAAUUUAAUCGUGUAUAUAAUCUGUGGAGUAGUCGCUAUCAUGGCACUUGUUGGGAUAUUCACCAAACUCGGCCUGGAAAAGGCGCACCGACCUCAGAGAGAGAAUAUGGCUAGGGCACGGCUCUAUGGAGAGUUGGCCCCUUCUCCCCCGCCUAGAGAUUCUCUGGCAGCAGCUCUCUGUAUGCCUCCUGGGCUCUGGCCCAGCCCGGGAAACAGGGACAUGUGGUGGCAGUGA